GUCUUAGUAUUUAGUCUUAUUGGUUUAUAAGAAAGCCUUCGUAACAUUCUCCGUAAUCUAAUGUCAAACUUCGUUAAUAGAAGUAAGUUACUUUCUAAUAAUCAAUACAGAGAACAAAAGCACUGGCACAUUUAAAUGCUGCUGUUUUCAUUGCUCAUACAGAAGUACUAUUCUGUAUUGGACAUCGUAAUGGACAUCGUACUGGACGAACCAGUCAUUUCCUUUAUGUAAUUUUGAAAGCAAUACAGUUGUCAAGAAUAAGUACCUUUUUACCAUUAACCAUCGUCAUUAUACUAAUUUAAUUGUAAAACACUCGCAAAACAUAUUAAAUCACUAUCUACUCUUCAAAUUGUCACUGUUUUGUGCUUUCAUUCAGUUACGUCUAGCUUCGUUACCACAGACCGACAACCUCUAAACAACAAUUUCUGUUCCUCUAAGAAUUCUCGGUUCUUCGGAGUCUAACGAAUGUCAGACAUACUGAAGAAGAGAAAAAGCCCUAUACCUGUUAAUACAAACAGGGCUAAACGUUUAUUUUUAGAAAAACACGGGACGACUUCACAAAAAACUCAAUUUCCUGCCUUCGAAUGGAUUCGAGGUGAACGAAGCUCUGUAAGGAUUCUUUUAAAAAGCUUGAAUCCCAAAAUCCGGAAUGAUACUGGAAUACACGGAAUAGUGGAUCACAGAAGUGGUAAUGUAUUAUUGAUAUCCCAAACAGCAUGUUAUGUCUUCUCUUACACAUAUUCUCCUGGAAUUGACGAACCUCCUACAGUUGUGUUUCCCUUGCCUAAUGACAGUGAUGCAAUCAACACACAAUACAGGCCGUUAGCCUCGUUCGUACCAGCUGGUGCCUCAACAGGAGAUACGGGUCUUCUCAUUGUUUUGCCUGUGAGUGGACGAAUUGGUUACUGGAAUACCAUUGCUAGUGCAGCUGCUCAAUACCUAGUGCGACCCAAAGGAUUUGAAGCCAAGCUCGCACUUACAAAAAACGAGUACUGUCUUUCCCUCACAGUAGCCGGCCGGUGUUCGUUUGUCGUCGCGACAAACUUGAAUCGUUUUUUCCUCAUUCAAGUGACUGAUGCAACUGGUCAUCCCAGCCUUUCCGUUCAUCUGUUCUCCGGCACUUCAGAAUGGAUGACAAAAUGCCUCAAAUCGCUGCACCUGUUAUCGCCAAAGUAUUGUGCCAAGUUUCUGUAUCUCAAAACACACGAACAGAGACACGCGCAGGAGUCCAUCUUAUAUGCCGCAGAUGAAACUGGCCUCAUCGAUCUGUAUGACUUCCAUCCUACACAUCCUCGAUUAAUCGCCCAAAUGGACUUACGUACACUGUUUUUGAAAACUUUAAAAGAAGGCGGUGCUUCAACACACGAUUUCAUGGUCCAUGACCUUGCACCUGUUCCAAAUAAACUGCGCCGGAUAAUGGUGCUUACGUCGUGGCAGAAAAAGCAACAUCGUCAUUAUGUCCUUUAUACUUGCGACUUUUUGGACACUACAAAACCGAAAAUUAUAUACAUCUAUUCCCUUUCCUCUUACACUUCAACACACAUGGAAGAACCAAAGCUUUACAUUCCGAAGCCUGGAUGCUUUGCAUUUUGUGUUUUUGAAGGCGCAGCUGUCAUGUUGGAUAUGCAAAGUUCGGCGUCGGGUCUCAACUGGUUGCAUGAAGAUCCUAUUUACAUAAAAAAGAACGAAUACGGAAGGGUAAUAGCUUCUGGCAGCGAAGAUAUCAUUGUAGAUGAAUCCUCUGGCAAGGUCUUGCGAAAUCCCGCCUGUCUUUUGGUCGUUCAAGGCUCUGGCGUUCUGCGUUUUGAAGCGAAUAAGUCUUCAAGAAUACUGGAUCUUAAAAACCUUCUGAAAAACAAAAUUGAACAAGCCGUUUUCUAUGGAUAUCUUCCGGGUGUUCCUUUGGACUUUUCCUUAAAGCACUACAAACAUCUUUUGAAUGGAGACAACGGUACUAUUCUUUUAGCUAUUGGUAACGAGAUUAUGGGCUCAACUUCUUCUUACUUACCAUCCAUUCUCCCCUCUAUCAGUCAUCACCUGGGCUUAAGAGUUCAAUACCUCACGAAUCUCAUACAUUACGCCCUUUCUAUGGGCGAGUCUGCUGAUAGUACGACUGUUAUAUCCAUCCGUACGAUGGCCGAAAAAUGCUAUGCUGCAAAGUCUGUGUGGAUGAGUGUGGAUGCUCGGUACACUAGUUAUUCCCAAUCUCUGGUGCUCUCAAGGAUACUGCUAAGAAUGACUGAAAGUAACGAUUCUGCAAAUGCAACUCGAGAAUGGUUUAUCGGACAUGUAAAUGAGAUUGAGAAUCUUAUAACGCAAGCUCAUGAUUAUUGUGUUGAUUCGGCAUCGCGCGUCCAGGAAGACCCAUUUUUAGUCCUCAAUGUGAUUCUCGAAGCAAACGAAAUCAUUCUCGCUAUCCAGGCCUCCGCAACAAGUUUCCGCGAGAAAAUGACAAACCUUCUUCACAUUCAAUCAAGUCCUGAUGGAAAAGUUGAGCCUUGGACGUCCACACGCAAUAUUUUGAGUAUCUUGUCAAAACAGUUUGAGUUGACGCAAUCAGCAUUAACUCAGUAUCAACAUGGUUCCGUCUUUACUGACAUUGAACUGCAAAACGAUAAACGCGUCGAGCUUUCGUCUGCUUUAUCGAAUAUGAAUGUUCAGUUGGUCGCUCUCACACAAGUCUGUUUUGAUGCGUUUUCCGAACGAAUUGCCUGGUACAAAGUGAAGGGUGCCGAGUUUAAUGAAGAAGAAAAAUCGAUCCAAGAGAUUUUCCAUGUCAACAGAAAGUUCUGGAUCCAAACGCUUAUUGACAUUGGAAAGGAAGACAGUACAUUGCGGAUUGCGGAAAAAAAUCUGGACUAUCGUUCACUUGUGGAAUUGUGUUUUCAAUUUCACAAGAAUUCCUCUGAUUUUAAGCUGGAAGAGCGACUUUCCUUGUACAUUCAGAAGUUUGGCAAAGAUUUUGCGUUUGUUUUGUAUGACUAUUGUGUGGAAAAGGGUAUGUUAAAGGAAUUGUUGGAUGAAAAAACGUCUCAUUCGGAAUAUCUUUCCGAGUACUUCGCGAAAACAGAUUUCAACGUGAUUGCUUGGAUUUAUGAUCUCCAUCAAGAACAGUAUUUGUCGGCAGCUCACCGCUUAAUAGCAUUGGCUUCACAAAAGGAUGUAAGCCUUCACAAAAAGAAAGUCGAUUUGUGUUUGGGAAAGCUAUGCUAUUUGUCAGAGCCAAACACAGCACCUCUAGAGACUGAAAUGGUUCAGAUUGAACAAAACUUAGACUUCAUCGAUAUUCAAAAUUAUGUGCUCAAGCAAAUGAAGCCCAUAUUACGGAAAAUGAAGCAUCAGGGAAAGAAGCGUCUCUUAAUCGAAGCAACGAUCGAUCAUGUUUGUGACAACAAACCCAUUCCCGCCAUUGCUAAGCAAGUAAUGCAACGAGUUUUGCGACGGUUGUUGUCCAACGAACCGGUUACCGCUAUUGAAAUGAUUGACUACCUAACUUUCUCGCUUUAUCGGACACGCAUCGAGCGGGAGGAGCAACUUGACUACUACUUGGCCCUACGUCUUCUGUCGUACACUCAAUUAUCGAAAGCCACACACGAUUUCUUCGAGCGCACCAUCUGGCGUCGAGCCAUGCUUCAAGACUAUUGGCCUCGGAUUCUUGAUUUGCGCAACAAGACUGACGCUGCUAUUGAGGCGGACAUACAGAGUUCUGCUCUGUAUCAAACGCUUGAGUUGUGCGUCGUCAAUGAUCUUUUUGAGACCAGACGUGUCCAUCUCCUGCAGCCUCGAGAGUGGGUUUUCAAAGGCACCGCACAAGAGGUUGAAUCAUUCUAUCCACUGGCUCUCUAUGGAAAUGCAGAAGAGGUGGUGAAGACGUUGAACCGUGAAACUGCCAAUCUGGAAAAAGUCCUUGAUCGUACACAGUUUGAUGAAUGGUUUCAAAGCAUUUGCGCCUCUAUUCGUUUAGGAUAGUUUUGUAGUAUAUAUGGAUGAAUAGAAGAUGUAUUUGAAGUUUUAUUCUACAUUCUCACAA